AUGAAGUAUACUAAACAUAAUUUUAUGAUGUCAGUUCUUGGCAUUAUAAUCCUUAUAAGUGAUUUAAUUGUGGACAUAUGGGUAUUUGUAAGAUUUUUUCAUGAAGGACAAUAUGUUUUUGGUGUUUUAACAUUAAGCUUUAUGCUCCUUGGCACACUUGUGGUCCAUUGUUUUAGUUAUUCUUGGUUGAAGGCUGAUUUAAAGAAAGCAGGCCAAGAAAGUCAGCAUUAUUUUCUUCUACUUCAUUGCUUGCAAGGAGAAGUUUUUAUAAAUAAAUGUUUACUUUACAGGUAUUGGUUUGCCUUGAAAAAAGGUUACUAUGUAGCUUUCAAGUAUAGCAGCAAAACUAAUAACUUCAUGGAAGAACAAAUUGAUCCACAUAAAGAAGUUAUAGAUAGAGUAACUGAUUUGAGCAUGCUCAGGCUAUUUGAGACCUACCUGGAAGUUUGCCCACAACUUGUUCUUCAGCUCUACGUCCUUCUGGAGUAUGGUCAAGUGAAUUUCUAUCAGUGUUAA